CUCGCUAUGAUAAGGGCGACCCUUCUUCGUACCAACGGUCUGAAUUCAAAUUUCCCGCGUUUUUCCUCUUAUCUGAAUCCAACCAUUUCCCUUUCACCUCCAACCUCAAACUCUUUCACCAUUUCCUCACAUCUCCAAGACCCUCAAUGGGCCUUCAUCAAUCUGCUCAAAAAUUCCUCUAAACCCACUCCGAUCCUUUUGGAGGUCGAGAGUCUCCAUUGUAGAGCCAUCAAAUCUUGCCUCGCCGUAAUUGGGCAGGUGGGCACUAUCCUCCUUAGCCUCUAUGCUAAGUGUGGUUAUUUGGAUCUUGCGCACAAGUUGUUUGAUGAAAUGACUGAGAGAGAUGCUCGCUCAUGGACGACUCUAAUUUCGGGCUAUUCUCGAAUUGGUAGAUACGAAAUGGGUCUGAGCCUAUUUGCUUCGAUGAUACAUGAGGGAGAUUUGCCCAAUUGCUUCACUCUUUCUACUGUUCUCAAGUCUUGUAUGAACAUGGGUAAUCUUAAUAUGGGUAAGGGAAUUCAUGGAUGGAUUUUGAGGAAUGGCAUUGAGAUGGAUGUUGUGUUGGAGAAUACGAUGGUUGAUUUCUAUGUGAAAUGUGGGGACUUUCGAUGCGCGGUGAAAGUAUUUGAGAUGAUGACCGAGAGAGAUGCUAUCUCGUGGAAUGUUCUGAUUGGUGCUUACUUAGAGAUUGGAGAUGUGAAUGGUGCAAUGGAGUUAUUUAGAGAUUCACCCUUUCGGGAUGUUUCGAGUUGGAACACAAUUGUAAAUGGGCAAAUGAAAAUGGGUUUUGAUUUGGUGGCUUUAGAACUUCUUUAUGAGAUGGUUGGGAUAGGCAUUGGGUUCAAUAAGUUUACUUUCUCCAUGGCUUUGACUUUGGCUGGUAAAUUAGUUCUUCUUGAACUAGGGAAACAAAUUCACAGCCAAAUUUUGAGAAAUGGAUGCGAAUAUGACGCAUUUAUUACGACCUCGUUGUUAGAUAUGUACUGCAAAUGUGGUAAAAUUGAGGCUUCCUUGGUUGUUUUUUAUAAUUCAUCUCAGUCUACUGAUGGGUUGAUCGCAAAAACAAUUCAAUGGAGUUCCAUGAUUUCUGGAUUUGUUCAAAAUGGGAGAAUUGAAGAGGCGCUCAAGCUCUUCUCUAAAAUGUUACAAAAGGGGUUAAAGGUUGACAAAUUUACUCUCACUAGUAUCUCUUCUGCUUGCUCAGAUGCUGGAAUUCUUCAACAAGGGCGGCAAAUUCACGCAUGUAUUGAGAAAUUAGGAUACGGAUUUGAUGUUUUCUCGGUGUCAGCAAUCACAGAUAUGUAUGCUAAAUGUGGAAGCUUGGAUGAUGCUUGCAGGGCUUUUGAUUCUAUAGAGUCACGAAAUGUUGUGAUUUGGACUUCAAUGAUAAACUCCUAUGCUUCACAUGGACAUGGGAGGAAAGCGAUUCAACUCUUCGAAAAGAUGUUAGGGGAGAAAAUUAUGCCCAAUGAGAUAACCUUCGUAGGUGUUUUAUCUGCUUGUAGCCAUUGUGGAGAAGUUAAAGAGGGAUGUAAGUAUUUUAGACUGAUGCAAGAAGAAUAUGGAAUUUUUCCCAGCAUCGAGCAUUUCACUUGUAUGGUUGAUCUUUUAGGAAGAGCAGGGAAACUCGAAGAAGCAAAAGACUUCAUUUAUCAAAACAAUAUCGAGCAUCAUGAUGUAGUGUGGAAGGCAUUAUUGGCAUCUAGUCGAUUUGAUAACAAUAUAGAAAUGGCAAAAUGGGCUUCUGAACAAUUGGUUAGUCUCAAACCAAAAGAUGUUGGAUCCUAUGUUCUCAUUUCUAAUAUCUGUGCAACCAAGAGAAUGUUUCUGGAGUCCAACAAAUUAAGAAAUUUGAUGCGGGAGAGAGGAAUGAGUAAAGAACCGGGUCAAUCUUGGAUUGAGUUGAAGAACAAGGUCCAUGUGUUCACAGUAGACGAUAAGUCACACCCAGAGUCAGAAGCGAUAUAUUCUUACCUGGAACAUUUAAUGGAGAGAUUGAAAGAAUUGGGGCAUAAAGAGAAUCAAUGCUAAAUUUCCACAGCGAGAAGCUGAAAUCAGUAUGCUUGACAGACUUCAAUGACAAAUACUUACCAACAAAGGAGGUAUGUACUUGUUUCAUUAUCUUUCAUAAUUACACUAAUUAGUAUAGAGCCUUAUCCAUUCAACUUUUAACUAAACUUUAUAAGGAAAGCAUUCAUUUGGAAUAAUCAAUGAUAGGAGCAGUUUCAACUAUCAGCUAUAAUUAGCUUCUAUUUAUAAUACAUCAUAUGUAUUCGGUUAUGUUCUUUUCCGCAAACUGAUGAUAAUUAUGGAUCAAUUUGUAUUUUUAUGACUUGAAUAAGGACAGCAUAUACACAUGAUUUUGUCUCUUGACUAUGCGAGUCAAUAAUAAAGGGUUAAUGGCAUAUAAACCCCUUGCAGUAUCGCUGUUUUGAACUUACUACCCUUGUAGCUUCAUUUUAUAGGUAGACCCCCUGGAUUAUGUUUUUUUUUACUCUUUUACUCUAUAGGUCAAAAUUUCACCAAGGGUAAAAGAGACAAAAAGAUUUAACGGAAGGGCUCUAUGUGCAACAAUGAAACUGCAAGGUAAUAAGUGCAAAACAAGGAUACUGCAGGGGUUUUAUGUGCAAUUAACCCUUCAAUAAAUUGUUCUUUUAGUUUCUUUUUUCUUGUCUCUCAAGUACUCAACCACUUCAUAUAGUGGCAAUCGUAAUCCACACCUAAAUCAAUAGACCCAAGCUGAAGAAAAAGAGUGUUUCACAAACCUUACUCCAAGUACUUAAACCUUUCUGAACAAAUUCACCCCCAUCAUAGAUGAAGUGCUCUGUGACUUUAGUUGAGAUAUUGGAUGAGGAGCACUUUAGUAUGAGUCUAUUAACAUUAAUACCAUUUCAUUUAUGUAUGUCCCUAUCAGAGAUCAUUCCAUGUAUCUAAGUUUCCUUGGAUGCAAAGAUAACGCAUGGUGCUUAUUCUGAGUGUCACAUUAAAGUUUUCCGUGCUUGACAUAAAGCAAGUAGAAGAGAUCCAUCAGAACUUUUAUUGUUUCUCUGGAUGCAUCAAUCAUCAGUAAGUCACACUUACCUUUCUCUCUCUUUUUCUGAGAGUGAACCCAACCACCAUAUAUUCCAUCAGGGUAUGAAGUAAUUCAGAACACUUUGCAUGAAAUAAUUGCAUCACUUGGAAUUUUUUUUGAGUUUUGGUCUUGUUAUUGCUCACUGAGUGGAGUAUUUGAGUAUUACAUUUGUGUGGACCUUUUCGAUUAAGGCCUACUAAUGAUGUUGUAAUUCCUUGUGUUUUACUCUUGGGGUCAAUUUCAAGAUCCCAACCUGGGUGUAGUUGGAAAGCCAUUAGAAGACACAAGGAAAAAAGGAUGGGGGUUUAACAUGAUGUCUUAAUGAACAAGGGAGAUUAUGAAAUAGGGAAAACUAUCCUAGGACCCUUGUGAAAUAGAUCCUGUCCACUGGAUAAUUGGUAUACAAAGGGAUGAGAACCUUUAAAUCAGUGCACUAACCUUCUAAUUCACUGAUUCACGGGUAAAUUGUCAUUGGUGCAUCAACAAGACAGUGACAAUUGAACAGCUUCUCAGCGAAAUAGAGGAGAGUACCCAGUGGACGGGAUCCAGCGGAGAUGUGGUGUUUCAAGGGUUGAGAGCCCAUGAAUCAGGCAAACAGAAGGAAUUUGGCGGAUAAAUGCAUUAAUGCAAGAGUUGUCUUUUUUUUUUUGGCACACUGUGUCAAUACAUCUAUU